GUUACAACCCAAGAUAGACCACUACAUCUUCUAUAGGAAUAAUAGGAUGAUCGAAGGGCUAGGAGCACUACAAGAUACCACUACCCCGUCCAAUCAUCAAGAACGUGGAGGUCGUGAUACAGGUUUCUGCUUUACAAUGCUCGAGUAAGGAGAAGUCUGCAUCUUCGAGUGAAUCCCAGAGGAAGGAAGGGUUAGGGUUUUUUAGCAAACGAACUUCAUCAUCUAAAAUGUCUUCAUCUUCAUUUACUUCAAAUAGAACAGAUAUUCCAGAUCUUCACUAUGAACCGAGCUUGUAUUGUUACUGUGGUAUGAAGGCUCUGUGGUGUGUUAUUAGAGGAAGCGGGCGGAAGUUCUACGGAUGUCAACGAUGGAAGACCAAAUAAAACAAAAGCAAAUUCCUUGAAUAGAUAUUGCCAAACUAUCCUCACGAAAAAAUGGCUCGUGACAAAACGUGGCUUGUUGCUGUUGGACUCGACAUUUUAGCCGGAAUAAUUGGGCUCAUUGCAGCAAGGUCUCAAUAUAAUAUGGUGAAAAAUGGGAAGCAUUCAUUUGAUUGCGGUACCGCAGUGAAUGGGGACGCUAUAAAGCCUUUGGUUAUUAUCUCAGGCAUAUUAAGUCUGGUAACUCAAGCAUAUGUUACCAUGCUUGGAGUCACCGUUGCCUUCUAUGCUUCCGAUGUGCACAAGCUCGAGAAGAUUUUUGCUAAAAUUGUUUUGGUGCUUUCAUGGAUCGUGUUUAUUGCUGGAAUUGCACUUAGUGUGCUGGGAUUAAAGUUGGAGUACUCUAAUAGUUCGUGUGCGAUUCCAUUCCCCAGCCAUCUAUUCAUCGCAGGGUUGCUUUGGUUUGGCCAAGGCGUCAUUGUCGCUCUCGCAUAUUUCACCACUUUUCCAAGCAUGCAGAGCUUGAUCUCAUGAUGGGAUGACGAUACACCAAUUACAACCCUCGAGGAACUCAUAAUAAAUCACUACUAUUACAAUUACUACUGCUAUGAUUACUACUGCUAUGUAGAUAAAAGUGCAAAUUUAUGAGUCAGAAUCUCACUCGCUAUCUACCGAUUUGUGGUGUUUAAAGUUAAAUUUACUACCGGGUCUACCGUAUUUAUCUCUAUACUAAUUUGAGUAUA